GCGGGGAGGGCGGCCGGAGCGAGGGGGAGGGGAGCCGCAAGGGCAUGGGCCGGCCCUGAGGGCCGGGGGAGGGCAGCCUACGUGUGUGUGUGUAUGUGUGUGUGUGUGUGUGUGAGAGUGAGCGUGUGUGUGAGUGCGUGUGUGAGCGCCUCCCCGGCCCCCGCUCCCCGCUCGUUGCCGGGUGUAUUUCACCCAGCUCCUAUGGCCCCGGCUCCCCGCCAAGUGAAAAAAUAAAUAAGAAUAAAGCCAAAUAAUAAUAAAAAAAACCUCCCGGGGCCGGACCAUGGAGGGACCCUCGGGCCCGGCGGAGGACGGCGCCCGGCCGCUGCUCACCGUCAGGCACGAGCUGCGCAACGCGAAUUUGACAGGCCACGCAGAGAAAGUUGGCAUUGAAAACUUUGAACUCUUGAAAGUUCUUGGAACAGGGGCCUAUGGAAAAGUGUUCCUAGUAAGGAAAGUAAGUGGCCAUGAUGCUGGAAAACUGUAUGCCAUGAAAGUACUGAAGAAAGCAACAAUAGUUCAAAAAGCCAAAACAACUGAGCACACAAGAACAGAACGACAAGUAUUGGAGCACAUUAGGCAAUCACCAUUUUUGGUCACGUUACAUUAUGCCUUCCAAACAGAUACAAAGCUUCAUCUCAUUUUAGACUAUAUAAAUGGAGGAGAACUGUUUACUCACCUUUCACAAAGAGAGAGAUUCUCAGAAAAUGAGGUGCAAAUUUAUAUUGGGGAAAUUGUUUUGGCACUUGAACAUCUACACAAGUUGGGGAUUAUAUAUCGGGAUAUAAAACUUGAGAAUAUUCUCCUCGAUUCUGAUGGCCACGUGGUGCUGACGGACUUUGGUCUGAGUAAGGAGUUUCUUACUGAUGAGAAUGAGAGAGCAUAUUCCUUCUGUGGAACGAUAGAAUACAUGGCUCCAGAUAUUGUAAGGGGAGGAGAUACAGGACAUGAUAAGGCUGUUGAUUGGUGGAGUGUUGGUGUUCUUAUGUAUGAACUAUUAACUGGAGCAUCACCAUUUACAGUUGAUGGAGAGAAGAAUUCUCAAGCAGAGAUUUCUAGGAGAAUAUUAAAAAGUGAGCCACCUUACCCACAAGAAAUGAGUGCACUGUCUAAGGAUAUAAUUCAGCGUCUUUUGAUGAAAGACCCGAAGAAGAGGUUAGGUUGUGGUCCAACUGAUGCUGAUGAAAUCAAACAGCAUCCCUUUUUUCAGAAUAUAAACUGGGAUGAUUUAGCUGCCAAAAAAGUAUCAGCUCCAUUUAAACCAGUAAUCAGAGAUGAAUUAGAUGUCAGUAACUUUGCAGAAGAGUUUACAGAAAUGGAUCCAACGUAUUCUCCUGCAGCAACCCCUCAGACUUCGGAAAGAAUAUUUCAGGGAUAUUCUUUCGUUGCACCUUCUAUUUUGUUUAAACGCAAUGCAGCUACAGUAGAUCCUGUUCAGUUUUAUGUUGGGGAUGAAAGACCUGGAACCACAACUAUUGCCAGAAGUGCUAUGAUGAAGGACUCUCCAUUUUUUCAACAUUAUGAACUGGAUCUGAAAGAGAAACCAUUGGGAGAAGGAAGUUUUUCCAUUUGUCGAAAGUGCUUACACAAGAAAACUAGCCAAGAGUAUGCAGUAAAAAUAAUUAGCAAAAGAAUGGAAGCCAACACCCAGAGAGAAAUAACAGCUCUGAAACUCUGCGAAGGACACCCCAAUGUAGUGAAGUUACAUGAAAUUUAUCAUGACCAGCUUCACACUUUUCUAGUGAUGGAAUUGCUGAAGGGAGGAGAAUUGCUUGAACGUAUUCAGAAGAAGCAGCAUUUCAGUGAGACAGAAGCCAGUCAUAUUAUGCGCAGACUUGUUUCAGCAGUGAGCCAUAUGCACGAUGUAGGAGUAGUCCACAGAGAUCUGAAACCAGAGAAUUUAUUGUUUACAGAUGAAAGCGAUAAUUCAGAAAUUAAAAUAAUUGAUUUUGGCUUUGCUCGUUUAAAACCACCUGAUAAUCAGCCUCUGAAGACUCCAUGUUUUACUCUACAUUAUGCUGCCCCAGAGCUCUUGAAUCACAAUGGUUAUGAUGAAUCCUGUGACCUCUGGAGUUUGGGGGUCAUUCUUUAUACAAUGCUAUCAGGACAGGUACCAUUUCAGUCUCAAGACAAAAGUUUGACAUGUACUAGUGCAUUGGAAAUUAUGAAGAAAAUAAAAAAGGGAGAAUUUUCCUUUGAAGGAGAAGCUUGGAAAAAUGUUUCUGAGGAGGCAAAGGAAUUAAUUCAAGGACUUCUAACAGUGGAUCCAAACAAAAGAAUUAAAAUGUCCAGCCUGAGAUACAAUGAAUGGCUUCAGGAUGGUAGCCAGCUGUCAUCCAACCCUCUAAUGACUCCUGAUAACUUAGGCUCUUCAGGGGCUGCUGUGCAUACAUACGUCAAAGCCACUUUUCAUGCCUUUAACAAGUACAAAAGGGAAGGAUUUUGUCUCCAGAAUGUUGACAAGGCACCUCUUGCAAAGAGAAGGAAAAUGAAAAAAACAAGUACAAGCACAGAGACACGUAGCAGCUCCAGUGAAAGUUCACAUUCUUCUUCCUCUCAUUCUCAUGGUAAAACUACACCUACAAAGACACUGCAGCCAACAAACCCUACAGACAGCAAUAACCCAGAAACCAUCUUCCAGUUCUCUGACUGAAAAGCAGAGAAUAUCUUGUCUUGAAGAUUUACACAGUUAUAAACUUGGUAGUACAUUUAUUGUCUUCUCCCACCCUUCCUCCCUGUGGCUUACAGGCUACAGAAACGUCUGUCGCUUUAAAAAUGUAUUUCAAUCAUACCUUUUUAGCUUUAUAUUUCAAUACAUUUUUUUAGCAUUAAGUUUGGUAUCACUGGAUUAAGGUAUAAUGCUAUUAUACAAUCAACAUUGUAUUCUCUUAGGGAUAAAUUACUAGUGUGCAGUCAAGCUCAUGUUAAAGAGCUAUGCUGCUCUUGGUACAGCUUGGAGGAAAACUGUUUCUCAGUGUCAGAAUCUUUAUCCUGUUUUUGUUUUUGUUUUUUUUUUUCCCCACUGUUGAAAGAAAGGAAAACUCUGUAAAACAUAUAGAAUUCUUGGUUCUUCAACUUUUGCCCAGCUGUGUGAAGAAUUUCACAGCAUUUGAUUCUUCCUGCACAUAAGGAAUCAUUGGUACAAUGCACCAAAGCAGUAUAGUACUUUAAAGCCUCUUAAAUUUGUGAUUACAUUCUAUCUCAUGUAUUUGAAUUUUAAUAACAAAAUGAAGUGUUAAGCAACUCUUACGUUGUUUUAAAAAAUUACUCCGUAUAUCUUGUUUUAAACGACUGAGAAUAUAAGUCUUAGAUUUUUUUUAUUUAUUUAAUUUUUAAAAACCAUCUAGGGUAAAAGAUGUCUGAUAAGGUGAAGUGUCUAGUACUGUGAUACAGUAAUUUUUAUUUCUACUUUUUGAAGUUAUUGACUUUUAAAAUGUUUUACAGAUUCUAAAAUGUAAUGAUAGAAAGUGAAAUUUCAUACUGAAUGUUUGGAAAAUGGUCACGUGUUAAAAUAUCUAUUUCAAGAAUUAACUAUAAUUUAUAUUUUCUUUUUAUAUUUACACAGUAACUUUAAAAUACUGAGAUUUUUUUAAAGAUACAAAAUCUCCAGUUUCAACAUUUGUUAUUAUAGGGUCCAUACAAAUAUAUACCAAGUUAUUUGAAUUUUGCGUUGUGCAAAUACAGCAGUUUAAUAGCGACUGUAAAAUACUAGAAUAUAUGUUUUCUUUUUUGCACUUUAUAACAUCAAAAUGAGAUGUUUUUAUAAUAAAGUGCACUCAGAUUUCUCUUCCUACAAGGUGCUGAGCACUGUUUUAUGUGGUUGAAUGACCUGAAAUCUACCUUAUUUGGUGGUAGUGGUCAUUGUGAAGGAGAAUUCUGUACUUUGCAGGAGUGAGUCCCUGUAUAUUAUCCACUGUUUCCAUUCCUUACUUAAAACUGCAAAGCUCUUUCUAUCUUGCUUUUACAUUGUAUAUAACAAAUACUAGACCUGGGCACCUUGUGUAGUGUAGAUGUUAACAACUUAUGCACUGGGAAUACUAAAGGGAAAUUAUAUUGAACACUGUGCUUCACAACUUGUUCACUGUGGUGUUCUACAGUGAAGUAUUUCCUACUGUGAUAGUAUAGUAUGUACAUAACUGUUUGGAAUCAUAAAUGUGACUUACAGAAACAUCAGCAUAAACUUUUAAAUCAGCAUAUUUUAUAAAUUUAUGGAGAGCUCUUUUAUUGCUCGUAUUCUCAAUGACUAGAGAUAACUUAAGUGCUAAAGAAGACUCCAGUUUUGCAAAUGCUUACACUUGUAAGUUUCCACUGAAGUCAAAGAGAGUCCUUGUGUAAAGUUAAUCAGAUGCCUAAAUUUGUGUGUUGGAAGACUAAUUGACAUGGGGAUUUUGUUAACAGCUUGUUCUACCUUGAAGGAAACUAAUCCAAACCCUAUGCAAAAAGGUUAUAGGAAUUGUUUAUAUCAGUGGUUUUAUUUAUAGAAUUACAUCAGAUAUCAGUAUUGACAAAUACAAUACAUCCAUGUUUACAGGGAUUGCGUGUAUCAAAACAAGGCUUUAAAGCCCAACAUGUUUGUUCUGUGUUUCUUUAAUAUUAAUAAUGGCAUUCUGAGGUUUUGGAAUUGCUCAUGUGAAAUAGUUUACUACUUUCUUGAUGUGAAUGUCAACAGUAAUUGCAGCAUUAAUUUCAGGUUGAUGUGAAUAUUGAGAUUUGCACUGUUUAUGUAGAAGUAGUAUAUUUAAAGAUCAAUAUAUGUGCUAAUAACACAACCAGUUUUAAGUGGCCGAUGUUAAAAUAAUGAAAAAUAACUGUCAAUGUAAUAUAUUCAGGUUUGCUUUCUGAAUGCUCUCUUUGGAAGUGAUCUCAAUAGUGAACAUGGCUCAUUUGUAAAACAAUACUUUCCCUCUCCCCAAUAAACUUGCUGUAAAUACAAAAAACAAUCCACCAUACUUGUUAUGCAGACAGUACAAGUAAAUUAGGGUGGGAAGAGAAGGUUGUUUUUAUAGUUUGCACUUUCAGGAGUUCUUGGAAUUUAUUAUCCUCAUAGCGAGGACAACAAAAAAAAGUGAUUUUGGGAUUUGAUUUCAUUCAAGUGUAAGAAACCUUUGGCUACCAAAUAGUUUGGGAAUAUUGUGACCCAUCUGAAAUGACUUUUUAAACAUAAUACGUAAUCCUUUGUUUCCCUCUUGGGAAGUUUAAGCUGAUGCCUGACAAACUGAUGAAAUGAGAAAAAGGAAUGUUCACACAAGAUAAAUGCUGGAGAUUAUGGCUGUAUUGUCAGGUGUUUUUUUUUUUUCACACAGGUUUUGAGAGACUGUUUUGAAGCUAAAAUUAUUCAUACACACCACUUGCAUCAAGGACAACUUUUUCUCAAGAAUAUUUCUAUUUCCUCUUUGUGGUCUAAAGGUAGUUAUUAAAUAAAAAUUUAAAAACAGGAUAAUUCUUUUUGGCCUGGGUUAAAAACAGGAUAAUUCUUUUUGGCCUGGGUAAGUACAUUUAGGUGUUGUCUUGCAUUUGCUUUGAACCAGCUGCAUGGGAUAGCUGAAACAUCAUCACCUCUGACUUUAUACUGCCUCCAGGUAUCAGACCUCCUGAGGAGGUCUGCUGGACACUAAGCUGCUUGAAUUUAUAGAUAGGCAUCUUUACCUAAACAACUUCUGAUUGCCAUUUACCUUGAUAAAAGCUGGAUUUCCAAUCUAGGCAGCUCAAGAGUGGGUUCACUUUUUGUUCAGAUGCAGGAGGUUAGUUGCUCUCAGCAGAAAGUUGUUCUGUCAGCUUAAUCUGUUGCCCAGAUUGGUACUCAAGGUAUUUGAAAACCAUGGACCAAAGUUUUCAUACUCAUAUUAGUAUUUCAAAUCUGAGAUGUACAAGCUAAUUUUCAUUAGGACUAUAAUUACUUUAUAUUGCCUUGGUGAAAAAGCAUUAAACUGUAAUUUGUUUAUAAUCAAAUUAGAUUUCAUCAUGGUGCUGCUGUGAGACUAACAACUUAAAUGUCUAGUAAUGAUAUUUCUACUACUGUCAUAUGUAAUGCAGUCAGCAAUAUCGUAGGUAGAUAUCUUUGAAAGAUAAAAUUUCUUAUCAGUAAAGAUUUAAAUAAUUAGUAUGAUUAUUUAUAUUAAUCCAAUCUUAGACGUACUAGGUAUUAUGUUGGCAAAGCUAUUUCUUUAUAAUGCUUUUUGAAAUACACAUUUUGUAGCUGCAGGUCUGUGAGUAUAUGUAUGUGUAUCUAAACACGUCUAAAUAUGAUAUUUUGGUCUUAAGGUGAAAUUUUUUCUUAUUCAUCAGGUAUCGUUCCAAGUAUUUUUUCCAAAAUAGUUGUCUUCAUUCUUUUUCCCCAUAUACAGCAGUCUUUCUCAGCACUGUUUUCUUACAUUGCAGUACAUUGAAUUCUCUUCCUUCAGCUGGGAUAUUUGACCAAAUUCUCUGGAUUGACAGAACAGCAUGUAUUGCGGCUGAUUUUGCUGUAUAGAGAUGUAAGUGCCUUGAUCUUUGUCUACCUGUGAGAAACACUUCUGAGUUAGCUGCUUUGACCCACAAGGCACUGGGUUUUAUAAAAAAGAACAAACACGGAGUUGUUGGCUAGGUCUUCCCUGCUAUCUCUCAUGUUUAUAUAUCACUUGUCCAGUAGAUACUGGGAGUUCAGAACACCUAUGCAGAAAAGGAGGUGUAGGAAUCAGGAUGAUUCCAGUAGUGUGUACUAGGAAAAGAAGCAAUGCUCAUAAUUACAUAGAGCAUCUGGAGCAGUCUUGUUUGUUGUGCCUUGGAGCAACAAGAGCAGAGAAAUUUAAGACACCCCAAAUAACGUAAAUUUGAAUAAAACCCACAUUUUCUGAUGGCCUUCAUGUUCUUUGUGGUGGGAAAGGAAGUCUCUAUAUUGUCUGCGAACCAAUGGUAAGUGAGAUGAGAUGGUACGGGCUUGUCUGACAGUUUCCUGUCACUCACAGAGCCAUUUCUGGACCUUUCUUCUGGCACCUCCUCCACUUUUUUCUUGGUUCUGGUGUUGAUAUCACCACUCAGCCAGUGGAGGUAGGGAGAAGUGAAAGUGCUGUCAACUUAUUUGAGGUGUUGUGUUUAGCACUGAGAAUAAAAGGGAUUAAUUGAUUUCAAAGUAGAAGUAGCAAUGAAACACUGCAAAACCUAGUAUACUAUAAUCCUAUGAUUUUUAAAAACUAAUACUUUAUUCAGAGGUAGAAAGGAAUCCACACUAUUCACACGUAAAAUCAAUUCUUAAAAAUGGCAGCUGAUCUGGCUGUAUUAAAAAAGUCAUGCAGAGGUCUGCUUCUUUUGAAAUGUCAGCAGUGAAGCAGAAAAACCAGAGUUCUUUAAUUGCUAAGGAGCUGUUUAAAAACCCAUCACAGAUCAAACUACAAACUGGCAUACUUGCUGCAUUUUUCUUAAUACAGAUAUAGUUGUACUCCUGCCAACAAGUCAACCUUCAGAAAAUCUUAACAUUGACAUCUCAUUUACGUUCAUCUGAAUUUCUUUUUCUUUUUUUUUUUUUUUCAUUUAAAAUGCUUAAUUCUCUUAGUAUGGUUGUGAAUGAAGGCUUAUUCUCAUAAGAGAACACCUAAGGAUUUAGGAUAGGGCCUUACGAACAACCAAAAGUAGUCAGCUGCGAAAGGUCAUCAGUGUCUUCAGCUAGUUUAUUUUUCCAUAUAUAUAUAUAUAUAUACACACAUAUAUAUGUAUAUACAUGUUGUAUAUGUAUGUGUGUAUAUAUUAUAGUUGCUGACCAUAACUACAUCUACCCUAGUACAUUUUGUAUCAGUUAUGGGUGUGAUUUUUUAUGUGACACAUUCAGCCGUGAUAAAAUAGCUUUCGAGUGUAAACUAGUUUUCGGAAUUACAGCAAAGUAAGGAGGAAAGGAGUUAAAAAAAAACAGUUAUAUUUAAGAACUGGUAUGAAGAAGGGACAAUGCCGAAGGUUUGCUGCAAGUUACGUUGACAGGAGAUUGGAGUACCAUUGUAUUGUGUGAAGGAACAUAUUCAUUAAUAGCAGUAGUUAUUUUUUUUUCCUUUAAAAUCAAUAUAGAGUGGGGAAGAAUUCACAGAAGCAGUGACCUCAGAGCUUUUCUUAGAUAUCUCCUUAAUGAUUUCUCAUCCUUUAAAUAUAUAGCUCAGCUGUGCAUAAUAGUUACUGUCUUGAAGCUAGGCAUACCUGAGGGAACAGGAUUCCACUGUCUGCUGCUAAGUUCAUUGUACAGUCAUUGUGUAAAUCAAAACUCAAGGUGCUCUAGCCCUGCUGCUUUAAAGUUCAAAUGUUAAUACUGUGCUAUUUAAUAUAAAUUGCCAUGUCAGUUUUUCAGUAUGCAGCCAUGGCAGUUCACGCGGUUUGAUGUUAAAGGCAGUCAGGCUGAGAGGAAAACUUCAGAUCUGUUGCAAGCUAACACCAAAGUGAGAAGAAACAGGCCUUUAAUCUUACCUUACAUCUGUAUUACAAAAACAAAAGCCUGGCAUUGGCUUUCAACCUUGGCAAUCUUAUCAUUGAGGUGCUACUGCAGCAAACUUUUAUUGCUUCCGAAUACCCUUAUUGUAUUUAUCUCUUCCACCUGUAGAGAAGGAAAGCUUCAAGUUUCUUUUAUUUCCUGGAAAAAAAAAAAAAAAAAAAAAAAAAAAGCUGUCUUUUGCUAGAGUCCCAGUAGAAGAGAUCCUCCAUAAUUUCUACCUUUAUCUCUGAAGCUGUAAUGGCAGGAAAUACAUCGCUGAGGAAUUCUGACAGCUGGUUAUAAAGGAGCAGGCUAUAUAAUUUGCAGUUAAGUGGAAUAGGGCAUGCUAUUUCUUGUUUCAGUGUGGGCAGGGAGGGGGAAGAGGAAGAGAAAUGGAAGAAUGGAAUACUGAGAGCUCUUUGCCUUACUGUAAUUUAUAGGACGUUCUGGUUGCAAAGCAUUGCUUUUGAAGAAGGUACCUAAGACUCUGCAAACUUAACUUUGAAGUCUUCAAGUACUGAACUGUCAACUUUUUUCUUGGAGGGAAAUGGUGCCAUUUUCAAAUUGUGAAGGUAGCAAUAUGUACAUGUCCAAUGCUGAUUUCAUUAACUCUUAUGUGAAUUAUCAAAUUUUGAUAAUUUUUGAUUAUUGUGAAGAUUUAUUUCUUGCAAGAGUGCUCAUCUCUAAAAAUUUUUAUUCACAUCAAUGAAGUGGAAAACCUUGUGGCAGAAGUUUACCAAAAGGCAAGCUGAAUAAUUGUAAUGAUUUAUUUUACCCAAUAUCAGGAUAUUCAGAAAAUGAAUAUGUAGCAUUCUGAUUUUGAAUGUGGAAAAGAACUAGAAGAGAGGAUCAUUCUGUGAAUACAGUGACAGAAGAAAUGCAAGCAAGCUAUUUUCUGGAAGACUGCUCAGAACUCCUUGGAGAUUUGCGGAUCCAGAUGCCAGCUGAAUGUUCUCAUCUCUACAGCUGUUAAAGCCUAACCGUGCUGAUCUGGAGGAUGGUAAGCCCAUCCUGUUGUUGGCCAGUCCUGUCAGAGCCGCUGGUUUACAAAAAUCUGUUGGUGGAUCUUCUGUCGUGGAGGUACUUCCCUUUUGUAAGUCUUGCUAAGCACCAUGGAAUGAACAGCAGCUUUUGGUAGAUCAGGUUCUACGGCUGGGUUGGAACGAUAACGGUAAUAAAGGUUUUGAUCAUCAGUUACCCCAUUUUCUUCUCCAGGUCAUGGUGCUCAGAAAUGGGAAGGGAUUUUGUUGUUGUCCUAAAUUAUGUGGUUAGCCACUGCAAUAGCUUCCGAGUUUGUGCAAAUAAUGCAGAGAAGUUGAUCAGGUCAUUAUGAACAGUUCAACCUUAGUUUCCCUUAGGAGAGAUUCUCGCCAGAACUGUGCACAGUGUAGAUAGCAGCAUGGAUAUUCCCUUUGGAUGGCUGGUGAUCUGCAUGCCCCAUGCUCCCCUGACUCUUGAAGUCAUACUGGGAACUAUUAACAGAGAAGGAUUAAAAAAUAAGUUGAGUAUCUGGAUGUUACACAGAUGGUACUUGGAUGAAGGCAAUUUUGUAGGUAAUAACCCAGGACGUUUAUUGGUAGUUACAUUCUGCACAACUUUAUGGCUUUAUAGCAGGAGGGAGAAGUAUCUGAACAAGUUUCUAAGACAGAUGGAUAGUUUUUGAUCAGUGUAAACUAUUACCAGUCUCCAGCACUGUCAGAAGCUUGGUGGGUUUUUUGUUUUGAGAAAAAUAUGCCUAUGGUGUUAUGCUAUCAGUAUACUUAAAAAACAAGCAAACAACAACAAAAAACACACAACAAAACAGUCCACGUUCUUUCAGGGUACAUUUGGGUUAAGUAUGUUAUGCAGUUCUUUUUAAUUAAAAAAAAGCUUUUUACUCCCUGUAUUGCAUACUCAGUUCUACUCCUUUCAUGAGCUUUCUAUUUAUGUUAAACCUUUUAUCUGUUCAAUUUCUCUAGUCUUUCUAGCUUAAAAUAUGCCAGUCAAUGAAUACUAUUCUUCAGACAACUGUUAUAUGUGCUAAAUGGAAUUAAUAAAUUUUAUAAGUACAAAAAGAACAAUUAUAAAAGUACAAAAAUAUAUCUUAGAGUGAGUACAAACCAAGAAGUACAAAAAGCACCUAAAGACUCAAAUAGCACCUUCAGGCUUGGAUCUAAACAUGUGCUGGACAACAGGCAUCAGAUCUGACUGGGUGAUUUGACUUCUACACUUUGAAGUAGGGGUAGAUCAGAAGCAUGCAGGAGAGAUCUGCUUUGCCCUACAGAUGUGAAACUUAAAGUAUUUUAAGAGCCUUUCAUCUUUCUGAUCUGAAGAUAGAAAGUUAAAGCCCACAGACUGCAAAGUUCCUAUCUCUCCCUAACCAACGGUAGUCACAGUAACAUUACUGCUUUCUGUUUUGUUUUUAUCAACCAGCCUAAAAAGACACACAUGUUCUUUUCCUGUUCUUUGCUAAUAGGUAAAAUGAUGUCCAGGGCAGUGAAGCAGACUGGAAAUUACCCAUUUGGUGGUUUCAGACAAAUGCUAGAUGACCUUUCAGAGACUUCUUUGAUCACAUUACUAUCUAUGACUGUAUAUUAAAUAAACUAUGCAUCAGUCCUAAUCUUUCUUCCCUGGAAAAAGUUAGUUUAACUUCUCACAGAAAGGAGCUAUGACAUUAGUAGAGUACAUGAAGAUGGAAAUUUUUGAUUUCUGGAGAAUCUCUAGAAAUGCAAGCAAAAUGUGGCUCUCUGCUAACUAUAACAAGUGUUAAGCAAUAGAAAUGUGAAAGGCUGAGAUAAAGUAAAUUGCAGCAUGUAAAGCCAACUGAAUAUAGCAGGAAUGUAGGAGAUGCCCUACUGAGUCAAACCAAUGAGACCAGCUGUAGGUGUACCAUGGUUUGCAGAGUGGCAGAAUGAUGCCUGAUGCUUUGUUCUCUGUAGCCUUUCUGGUGAUGAGUGACAUUUUGUAGGCUGCCAGUGCAGAAUGCACCAAUGACUUCAGUGAACUGUGAUCUCAGCAAACUGUGAUUUCGCAGGGUAUCAAAUUUAAAUCAUCUUUUGUUGAGCAAAUAACUUGCAUUAGACCAAUUCAUGUUACUUGAAAAGCAUACAGUCUUGUUUUGGAGUUGAAGAAUCCACCAUCUCUUUGAUAUUUAACCAAAUAGUUAAUUAUCCUGAUAACUUUUUAAAAAGAUCUAAUUUCUUACGUAAAUUAGUUUGUCACAGGUCUCCAACUUUGGGUUCUUAUUUUCUCUAUUAAUCUAUUUGUAAAUGCUGUUUCAUGUACAUGAAGUUUUAUUUCCAAAACCUAAGAGCAGUAUUUUGGUGGUUCUGCCAGUUGUUAUGGUAUAGGCUGUUGACUGGUCAGGUCUCACCACCUAACUGCAGUGCAGAAAUAGCAGCCCACACUUCUGUUACUGGGUCCACAUUUUGCCAGAUCUUGGUUCAAAUGGGUGUUUUUACCCAUUUGAACUACAGGUCUCCUGGAAUUUGCCCUAGCUGAUUCUAGGAAGUUUCCUCCCCUCUCUGCAAAGGACCUGGCUUUUGGAAGACCAUGAUGUAAGCGUGUGUGUCAUUUUCCAGGUUUUUUGCCUAGGGUCAUGUCUAGGCAGUCUUUACCCUACCACUAUUCUUCGUCUUCCUUUAGCACAAGCAUGACUCCAGCCUUCUCACAAGAUGUCACUGGCAUUCCCUGAGUUAGUCAGAGAGGCAUGAUGAGACUGAAGAUGGCAAUCCAUCUAUUCUACCUAUAGAACCUAGUUCUACAAUUCUAUGAUUAUGAAUCCUUUGUUUUAGGACUGUUGAAUAACAAAUUCUGGAUUUACUGUUCUUGAGAAUUCUCUUCAGUUAUUAAUAAUAUUAGGAAAAAAAAAGUUUAAAUACUUGAUUUUUAUUCUUUCCAAACAGAAGAAAAAUAUUUGCUGAGCACUCCUUUAUCUAUGUCAUGAACAUUUUCCCUACCUCAAACUAGUGAGGUAGCUGGAAUUUUGUCAUAAUACUUCAUCCUCGGCAGCUGCUAAUCUCUGUGUAUUCCUGUGAUUUAUUUAGUUUUCAUGCACAUUUGUUGUAGUUCUCACAACAUAACAUUUUCCAUUAAUGUUUUUAACUGUAGUCUACUGGGUUAGAAACUUUCAGAAAUUAUAUGUAGUUUUUGACUCCCUCUGGUGGUAUAACACUAUAGUUGACAAGUUGUUUAACUGCUAAUACAGUAACAAAGACAAAGCUUGAAUGCAGUAUGAUGUUAGAUGCUUAAAAUGUAGCUAUCAUUGUUGUUCCAGAUACAGGUAAAUAGUGAUGGAGAAAAUACUGCUGUUUAUGAAUAAUAUGCAUAUUGUUUAUUAGCAAUGAAUAGCUAGAACACAUUGAAAAACAAAAAUAAUGAAAAUUCAAUCAUCUUCUUCUGUGUAACAAUUCCACUUGAAAGGAUUGAAUUUAGGAACUGGAGAAGGAAGAGCUGCAGGUCAACUGUGGCACUCUGCAAGUUACGCCAGUAAUGGCAAUGUCAGAAGCAGUUGAUCUUCGUCUUUCCUUAAGUGGUCGCAGAAGUGCAGUUUGAAACACCAGUUAUAUGAAGACAGCGAUUCCUGUGUAGAUGGCAAUUGAUCUUGGAAUAAAACCAAAGUUCUAUUUGGGCCAAUAAUGUAAUGAAAUCAAGCAAUUGUACUGCAGAAAGAAGAGCUACUACUUUAUUCAGAUUUAGGAAAGGUUUCAUAUUCACCAAAUUCUAGCUUCCUAAUUUUCUAGUGUCUAAUAGGAAUCUUAUUUUUACCUUUAAUAAAUAGUUCAAAAUGGUACAGGGCUUAUUUUCUGUGCUGGAUAGAACAAAAUGAAGCAAGAAGCUGCGGGUUAACUGAAACGUAAAAAGGUUAGCUUGCAUCUUACAUAAAACCCUUUCCCCUUCCCCCCCCCUUUUAUUCUGGCCACUUUUUUUGCAUACAUGAGUCAAAAAAAUAGGAAAAUGUCUUUGCCACCAAGGUUCAAUCUAAGACUGUUGUUUUUCAGUUCAAAUGAGAAAUUAAGAUACAGAUGGAUAACAUCUAGAAGUUAGCUGGACUGUGUCUGCCAGUUUUGUUACCGUGCAAGGACAACAGGAGACUGUCUUUUCUUGCAGCCCUGUAAGCAUCACCAGGUGGGACAACAGUAUGACAUGCAGUAGGAAAGAUACUGUGAGUGUACCACAAUGGAAGGCCUAUGUUUAGACCUUAUCUGGCUCUUCUCUGAAUACUUUGAAGUAGCUAAAGUAUUUCUUUUAAAUCCUUAGAGCUUCAAGUAGGACUGAAAAGCUCUAUACUGGCACAGUAAGUGUGAGAAAAAGCGAAAUACGGUAUCUUUGUUCCCAUUUUGCUUCAUGUUAGUCACUACAGUUAAUCUGAGAUAGCAACUUUACUGGCAGUAUAAUGUUAUAACUGUAAAAAUACUGUUGUGGAACAAGUAGUAAUUAAACUUUGGAUAUAAAUAUGUCUGUUAAGCCUAUCGACAUCAGUGAAGUGCUUAUUUUUAAAUCUGGGAGGUGACAUUGUUUCUCAUGUUUCUUUGUAUGCGUAAAUACGUGCGUUCGUGAUGCAGAGGAUAUUUUCAGAAACUUUAUGAAAGGUUUAAAAUGCAGUAUGAAACACUGGGUCUAAACAAUGUGAUUGUUGAAAUAUAUUGCUUAUUAAAUGGCAUUCUUUGUUGCCCUUUCAUUGUCAGCGCUGGUUCCUGUUCAGCAUGAAUAGCCUCAGAAAGAAUCUGUUUUGGGGUCUGACUUUUUAUCUUUUGCAGCACGACUAGUGACUAAUCUUCAGAUUCUGACUACCAAUAGCAAUGACUGUUUGCACUGUCAUUUAUUGAAGACUGAAAAUAAAAAUAAAGGGAUUUCAUGUAAUUGUGAAAAAUAAAUAUUUGAUUGUAAAGGCAUGCUUUCCUCUUCAAAUAUCAAUUAUACUUCCCAUUAGUUGACAAAUGCACUAUGAAUUGAAUCAGUCUGAAAGCAAUGAGCUACAAAAGCAAAAGUCCAUUUUGGAAGGAAAAAAAAAGUGCGUUCUAGGUUUUCCGGAACUGUUCUGUGUAUGAAUUUCAAACAACGGUAAGGGCUUUAUGGUUUACAAAUUAAUGUGUACAUUCUCAGAUGUAACUAUUUUAUCUUAAAUAAAGUCAUAUAAUUAUUUCGUAUUGUA